AUGUCGACUCCAUCUAGGUUUUUCCGAGGAGGCCGAGCUUUGUUUUACGCCUCCAAAUCCGCCGCCGCUGCCGCUCCCAAUCCCGCCGUUGCCACCUCCAAGAAAAAUCCCACCACCAGUACUGCCGCCGCAUCUUCAAAGGCAAAGAAGAAGCCGGCGCCGUCUCCUACUGCUGGGAUUCUGAAGUCAACACCGGUGUCUCCAGCACUCCAAAGCUUAGUUGGUGCCCCGGAAAUCUCUCGUGCAGGUGCUGUUAAGAAAGUCUGGGAAUAUAUCAAGCUCCACAAUCUCCAGAACCCCAAUAACAAGAAAGAGAUCUAUUGUGACGACAAGCUGAAAUCACUAUUUGAAGGAAAGGAUAUAGUGGGGUUUCUGGAAAUUGGAAAGUUGCUGUCGAAUCAUUUUGUGAAGACUAAGUAA